GGACGCCGGACGUGGGCAAAAUCCAAACCGAAAACGAAAAAAACUGCUCUCACAGUCUCACUCGAUCGGCCGCUGACGUCCCUCCCCCGCCGCCGCUCUCACAGUCUCACUCGAUCCGCCGCUGACGUCCCUCCUCCGCCGCCGCGUCCAUGGACGGAGGCUAGCCCGAGCAGGUACCGCACGUCCCUCCUCCGGUGCCCCCGCCGUUCCCCUUCGACCUCCCGGGGCGCGGGCACCGGCGAGCCCCGAGGCGGCGGCGCGACUGGCCUGAGCCCGAGCAGGAGCAGCAACUCAUCCCUCUGCCCUCGCCCAAGGCGUUGGCCGUGAGCCCAGCCACCUCCUCGUCCUGAAGGUCCUGCACAAGCGUGCUCAAGGGACUGUUCACCUAGUUGUGGCAGAGCCGGUUAAGGAGAGGGAGCCCCGUUUUGUGGCUCGGCUCACACCGACGCGCGCCCCCCUUGCGGCUUCCCCUGCGCCUCCGGUGACUGCUUCUUCUUCGACUCCGGCAUAGAGGAGUAGUAGGAUGACUGUCGACAACCUGAUGGCGUCCCGCUUCGUGUUCCCAAUAUUGUCGCCGGUGGAGAUCGUGGAGCAGCUGUCCCAGUACGGGAUCGCCCCCGACGCGAACCUCCGCCCCGAGAACAUCGCCAGUCCGCAGCCCGACCUGCUUCCUGGCGUCCUCGCCCGCUUCUUUGACUCCUUCGUCGAUGCCCCCGGGGACGGUGAGGAUGGGCUACUAAGGUUCAGCGACCUGGAGGUGCUGGACAACCCAGAGAACCAUGCGGAGGCCAUCCAGAUGCUGCACCUCUACAUCAAGUCGCAGGCCUUCCUCGACUCCAUACAAUUAGAGGACUUCACGCUCUCCGACUUCAUCCGCCCCACCCCGCGCCGCAUCGUCGAGGUCCUCAGCGCCCUCAUCAACUUCCUCCUCUACAGGGAGGAGAAGCUCACCCUCUUGCAGCCCAUCGUCAGCGAGACCCCCGACUACCACGAGCGCACUCUGGAGCUCAAGGCCAGGAUGGCCCAGCUUCAGAAGGAGAUUACGGAUCAUGAGCUCGCAGAGCAGAUGGAGGAGCCCAUGGCCCAGCAGCUGGAAGCAGCCAUCAAUGUUCUGCAGCAGGAAGUUCAGGUUUACAACAAGCAGCAACUGGCCCUGCGAGCAAAAGCCGCAGCCAUCAGUGACAAGAAAGAGGAGAUCCACGGGAAGAUAACCCAGGCUGAUUUUGAGUUGACUAAACAUGCCCAAGAAAACUCCAGAUUGAUGUCCAAAUUAGUAAAGUCCCCAGAAAAAGUAAAGAGGGCCUUGGAAGAGAAGAAAUCAGCCCGCGCUAUGUUGAAGGAGUCUGAGAAAAUAGCGCUGCAAAAUGAUCAAGAGAAAUCUGCCGCUUUGGAGAUACGCAAUAAGGCUCAUGAAAAACUGACGAAGCAACACUCUAAAAUCCAGGAUGUACAUGAACUGCUUGUUGCUGCUAAAACAGUUGAAAAGGAAGUUAAAGCUCGCAAAGCUAAGCUUAAUGAUGAAAGUGUAUCAGUUAUGUCAUUUGACGCACAGAUUGUUGAUUGGCAAGGAAAAGUACAUGAAAUGGAGGGGCGUCUCAAGCGGAAAGUGGAAGAAAGGAAUCAAAUAAUAGCAGAUGAAAAUCAGAAGCUGGGCGCUUUGAGCUCCGAGAUUGAGGGUAAACAGCAGCGCCUUGAACCUAGAGAAACGGAAGUAGAGGCAAUGACCGCUAAGGCUAUGAAUUUGCGUAUGGAAGCUGCUUCAGUAAAGACUGCUUCCAUGGCAGAACAGCAGAAAAUUCACGCAGAAUUCAACAACAUUGUGAAGGCGUUCGUCACCUACAUGGAUAGCAUCAACCCUUUACUCGAGCAAGUUGAGGAGGUUGACAGGCAAUCGGCAGGGGAAGGCGCCUCUGCCCCCGAUCCAUCUGCCACUGCCACAACACAAAUCACACCCAGUGCCAGUGCAAUGAGCAAGAAGUCGAGGGCUAGGAAAAGGAAAUGAGGCGUGUUUCUUGCCUGUGCAUGGAUGGAAAACCCAGUUCAUGUCUCUGUUUAUGUGUGCAUGAUGCUGCAGCAGUGCCUCUAGCUGCUAUUUAUGUGCUGAAUUAUGUAUGUGAUGGUUGGUUCGGAUCAGGGCUUUGUUAUUGAUUGAGGUAACCCAAUGCAACCUGCUGAUGUUGUCUGCUAUGUAAUACACCGCAUUUCCUACA